AUGUCAUACCACCAUUUUGAUGACAUGCUCAAAAUACACCGUGUGGAUUCUCUGACCCGCUCCCAGACCAUAUCUCACAGAGGAAUGAGAGGAGCACAGAGCCUAGAGAGAUUUAGAGAUUACAAUAUGGGUAAACUGGUCCACCUGCUGCCUCAGAUUGUCUUAUUAUGCACACUGACUAUUACAGAUAAAAUAUCAGCUUUUGACUACAAAUGCAGAGAUAGGAUGUCAGUGUAUGGGUCAGUCUUCAUUCCUCCUCCACCACCACCUCCUUUUCCUCCUGAAUCACAAGUGUCUUUACUUAUGAUUGACAUAACUGAGGAUAUAACAGGAUUGAAAGGUGAAAAGGGUAGUCGAGGACCUAGAGGUGAAAAGGGCGAGACAGGGGAAAUGGGACCUGAGGGUUAUCUAGGUUUCCCCGGUAAUGUUGGUCAACCUGGAGAGAAGGGAGAAAAGGGUGAGAGAGGCUGGAUUGGUAUGUCUGGAGAGGAUGGUGAACCAGGAAUAGAACAGGGAAGAAGAGGCCGGACAGGUUCCAAGGGUGCUGCUGGCAGACAAGGUGCCAAAGGCCACAAGGGUGAUAUGGGAUUGAAAGGAUACACUGGACUACAAGGCCUGCAUGGGCCAAGGGGAGUUGCCGGGAAAAGAGGCCGAACAGGCAUCAAAGGUGACCAAGGGCCAACUGGCAUGUUUGGAUAUGCCGGGAUAAUGGGCAGACCAGGGAUGACGGGACGGCCAGGGGAACCAGGAAGAGUACUACUGAUAGCUGGGCCCAAAGGAGAAAAGGGAGUCGAUGGAGUCACAACACAAUGCAACUGUUCCUGGGAUAACGCAUCUGAACAAACUCAUAAACAACUACCACAGUCUACAGGGGUUGUAUCUCUCAUUCUCAUUGCAAACAAUGAGAAGGAAAUGUUAGAUUUACAAUCAGAGAAUACAAUGGUCUUAAGGAAGGAUAUUCGUGCAUUAUUCAUCUUCACAAAUUCAAAAUGGAAACGUGUUCAAGUGCCUCAAAAAUUGCACAAGACGUGA